AUGGUUAUUCUUAUUGCCGGUGGUAGCGGCGCAAGCUUCACUUUUUCUAUCGCACUGGAUCUGAUCGAAUCGCCUACCACUGCGGUCAAGUCGAUCGAUUUCAUUUGGGCAGUGAGACACCAGGAGAGCCUUGAAUGGUAUGCCAAAGAACUGAAGCAACUUCAAGCCCACCCAGAACUGAACGUGCACAUCUAUGUCACUCGCCCGGCUUGCUCGUCUGAACUACCGUCACCCGCAUCUUCAGGCGCACAAUCUGAGAAAUAUUCGGUGAUUAGCGAGCCAAUUGAAGCGGAGCCGCCGUCCGCUAUCAUCCUGAAUGGCCUUGAGAAGGGCGCCUUGAAACAGUCUACCACUGAAACAUCUCCAGUCAGCGUUAUCCAACCGGGACGCCCAGAUAUCAGUAAUCUUAUCGAGGCUAUUGUCGAUUCAAAAAGUGGCGCGAAUGAUCGCGUCAUUAUUGGUGCUUGCGGCCCAAGUGAGCUGAUGAGUGUGACACGAAAGGCCGUUCAUAAAGACCGGUGUAAUGGCGGAUUAUCAAUCACACUCUAUACUGAGGUAACCCUAUUGCUCGGCACUCGAGAAAGCCUGACUAACAUCUCACCGUAG